AUGGCCAGUAAACAUGGCUCUACCUCGUACUCUCUCCCACUCAGACUCCACGUGCCUUGGUUGAGGAAGCACUCGAGAUUUCUCAUAUCCAACGGUCUCCAUAGAAUCGUGAUUACCGGCACCAAUGGAGGGAAAUUGACCCUGGGCGUAGUAGGUUACACGCGGGACUCAAUUUGCCAGACUAUGGAAGCAAAGGAACCGAGUACGCCGUACCGCCUUGCUCUUGUUUCUCCAUACCUUGGCUUCGCUAUGCGCCAAUAUGACAUUGUGACGUACCUUCAGGAUCUUACGGGUGGAUCGUCAAUUCCCCUUGUUGCAGGUCUUGAAAUCAACUUGGAAAUGUUAGACUUACUCUGUCGAUAUAAAAACAUUGUAGCAAUCAAACUCAUGUGCGACAGUCUAGCCAAGGUUGGCAGGAUAAGCGCAAGUUUGAAAACAAAAAAUCCAAGUUCAUUGCUCCAGCAGGUCAGAGUGACUGGCCCGAUUCCUGCACUAAACGUCGGUGGCGUCGGGACACUUGUUGAUGUGGCAACCAGAAUCAAACUUUGUGUCACCGAAUGGGAGUUCGCCAAGGGCGAACUCAACGGCACCGAGUUUGAUGUUGCACAAAAGAGGGUUCAACCCAAAAGCAGCGCCGACUGCAGGAACUCGUAUCCGCCGUAUACCGACGCAGGGAAGAAGAAACAUGAGAAGGAGAAAGAGGAGUAG